CACUUCGCGAAUGGAAUGUUGAAAAAAAACUACACAACUUUAGAGAAAUAAUAUAAUAAUAUAGCUUUUACGGUACAAUGAGUGUAUUUCUUUGUUAAUUCUGUAUUGUCCUAGUACCAGUAGGCAAUGUGCGCUAUGUUGCCAUGCUCAACGAGAAGAAAUCAGCGAGAUAUAUGUGACGAAAUUCCAUAAACAAAUCAGCGUGCAGCUCGAAGAGAACCUGACAUGUGGUGAACUAACUAUUAUGCGCCAGUGGCCACAGAGCCCGCCGGAAACCCCAAAACCAUGUGGCCCAGCUGCCGCCUCCAUGCCGCGCUGCUCAUCCUGGCAGUGCUGGCGUGCCCAACUAGCAGUCAACAAGUUCCUCUGGCCAUAGCCAACUCAACUAGCAACCAAGUGCCUACGGAUCCCGGCUACAUGCCCCUGCAGCAGUCGCCAGCGAGCGUCUUCUUCGUCAACCACAACCAGCAGAAUGCCAUGCAGCUGCGGCACAGCAUGGAGGGCAAGCUGCGCAACAUUCGCAACAUGGAGAUGAGGGUGGCCAAGAUCCAGGAAAUCUUCGACUCCAUGCACUUGAGCAGCUCAAAUUUGGCCCCGCCCACUCGCCAAGCCGCGAGCAACGAGAGCAGACCCAGCAAUCCUCAAGUGCAGCGGGAUUUGCAAUUGUUCAGCAGCCGUCUGAGCAAGAAACUGCAAAAGGCCACCCACGUGGUGCUGGAACUACGUGAACUCUUUCGUUACAACCUCACCAAGGUCUGGCAAUACAGCUAUGAUGACGAGGAUGAGGAAUCGGAGAGCGAGCUGGACCUGGAGAUGGAGUUGGAAGAUCUGCAUGCCAGGAACACGGCCUCACCAUCCACCGAGCAUAUGCCACUCUACUUAAACAGCCAAAUCGAGAACUGUCAGCCUGACUAUGAAACGGACGUGGAGUACGGCUCCUCGUCGACUCAAUCCAUUCACUACAACAGGCAGCAGAUCCAAAUCCUCAACUACCUGAAGUCAGAUGAUGCUCGGGCCACCUUCUUAAAUGAGAACAAUGCCCGCUCCUUGGCUGUCAAUGGGUACAUAUCGGAUCAACUGGUUCUACUCAAACGCAGGCUUAGUCGAAGCGAUGCGGAAAACUCGAGUAGCAAGCCCAGCAGCGGCAACCACUUCAAGCAUAUCUAUUUCCUGUCCAAUUCGGAUGGAGCCUCUGCUAGCCUGCACUUUCGUCAGCUGUACGUGUCGGCCAUUAAGCAGAAAUUUGUGCUCUUUCUCAUUGAUGUGGGAUCCGCUCUAAACCCAGAGUUGCUCGCCCUAACAAAAAGCUUUGUACAUGAAAUGCUCCAGCUGCUGGAGGACACAGAUAAAGUGUCACUGGUGACCGUUUCGAGUGAUGCGAACUUCAUGUACCUGGAAACGUUUCCCGCAGAGGCUGGUCACGGAAUUUACAGCGCUACUCGUGGCCACAAGGAGGAGAUAUACAGCUACAUUAAUAGCUUAAGCCGGGCACCUGCUCUUACGAAUCACUCGUUGGGGUUUGAGUACUCCUUCGAGUUAAUCCAUCGACUGCAGCAGUCGGGAAUGAUUAACCCGGCGGAGCAACCAGUGGAAUUCGUCUACGUUACGCGUGGUCUUCUCACAAACUUAUCUGAUGCGAUGGCAGUUUUGCGAGUGGUAGCUGAUGGUCAACGACGUCUUAAAGCUCCAGUUAUCAUCAAUACAUGCGCAGUGGUGCUCGACGAGAAGCGGAUUAUGUACGAAAAGCAAUUCCUAAACGAUGUAGCCACCCAGAACUACACCAAGUACGAGAUUGAUGUGGCGAAUUGGUGGCCCAGUGGGCAGCAGGCGUCUCAGUUGGCUGGACGAUUCUUUGUGCUCAGCAAAAUGCAUGCGGACACUUCCCUACCUCAGACGAGCUCUAGGAUUUUUGGACAGCUCUUUCAAGAGAAAUAUUUGAGCGAUACACUGGAAGUGCAUCCGCCAGUUGUGGACGCAGACAGCGGAGAUGUUCUUGUCUCCAUCACCCAUGCCGUUCCUCCCUAUGGCGUUGUGGGCGUUAACUUGUACCUGUCGGAUCUGCUCGAGGAUCUGCUCAACUAUCCCAGUGCUCCAUCCAGUGCCAAGCAGGGCAGUGGGUAUGCCUUUCUGCUCGAUCGGUCAACAGGGAACACUCUGGCUCAUCCGGCCUUCCCAAGGCCGCUCAUUCAGCGAGAAACCUCCUAUCCCGUAAACAUCGCUUACCUAGAAAACGCUACGGACUUUUCCAGCCUCAUCAGGAAGCGCCUUUUGCAUGAGGAGAGCGGCAAUGCCACCACGGAUGUCUUUAUAGGCAAACAGCGGCUCCAGCGCACCUACCACUGGCAAUCUGUACUGGGAUUUUAUGUUCUCUGUCUGGUCAGCAGUGGAGGCGAUACCCUGCGCAAUGUUUCCUCCCCGCAGCGAUAUAACCUUAAGGACACCGUGUCCAACUACGAACCAGGCUACUAUGGCGAGAGCAUGGACCUGCUUUACCAUCGCUUGGACCUCAAUCAGGGCGGCAGUGCCCCGCCCAAAACCUGUCGCUACUUCAGGCAAAUGGCCACAAUGGAUGCUCCCACAUUGUUCCUAAGCGCUGCUGCAUUUGAGUCUCCGUUCGGCUUCCUUCACAACAAUAGGCCUCGAACCCAGCUGCGGCACGUGGAAUCCAUAAUGGCCUAUCUUCGCGACUCCAGUGGCCUGUUGGCCAAUAUGGGAUUGCGACCGAGCAUUCGUCAUGAGGUGAGUGUACUGUACCAGGCAAUGCAGCAGUUGCGACGUCGCCACCAGGAUGCCAGAGGAUCACUGCGAAGUCACAUCAUUCGACGAUACAUGGCCAGUGUGAGUGGAGUGCUGCAACUGUACCCAGGUUGCUUGCUUGGCAGCAGCUACGAUCCAACAAGGAGGCCUUGGUUCCGUCAGGCAAUGGCACAGCCGGGCAAGAUUGUAAGCACAGCUCCGUAUUUGGAUGCGGGAGGAGCGGGAUACAUCAUCACCAUUGCGCACACCAUCUUCGAGGGCAAGGCUCAUGCGCUGCACUCUGUCCAGCAGGACAGACCGGUGGCAGUGGUGGCCCUGGACGUACCAUAUGCCUUUUACUAUCGCCUCAUCCUGGAGGGCACUCCGAUCUGUCAGCUGCCGCACAUGAAGUGCCUGCUGUUCGAGCAUGAAGGAUAUCUGCUGGCCCAUCCCAGCAUGCUGCAACCCGCCACACUCUCGAGAAACCAGCGACGGCCACACGAGCACCUCACGCACAAGGAAUCGUACUUGGCCAAUGACGUGCUUAACCACGGUCAGUUGGUAAGAAAACUGGGCUGUGCCAGUUAUCAGAACCGCACCUUGCAGCGUUAUUACGCCUUCAACACAUCUCUGGCAACAAUCUUAACCAACGUAGUGCACGGCGAGCGAACGAAGUACGCAAUUGCCCUGAUCCGCGGAAGCAAUCUCUUCGCCGCUGUACUAAACUCCAGUUGCGAUGGCGGAGCCUUUUGUCCAUGCAGCACCAUUGAUCGGGAAUGCCUGAACUGCAAGCGGAUGGAUCAAACGGACUGCGAGUGCCCUUGUGAGUGUCCCAUGGUGGGAGACAGCAGCUCGCCAUCCUCUCUUGUCUACUUUGCCAAUUACACGCAACAGUUUCCAUACUGUCCACCCCCAAGUGAGCACUUCAUUGCACUACCACCGACGACGCAGCUUCUCAGUGCUCUACCCAGUUGUCCCGGAUCUGCGGGCAUGUGCGAAACUUACUCCACUCAAAGGGAAUGCCUCGGAGUGAUGGGCUGCGAAUGGUGCCAGCAGGAUGUGGACGGCAACACCUUUUCGACCGCCUUUUGUGCGUCGCAAGCAAGCUGCUUCAACGGAGUGCUUGCCUCCCUGACACCGUAUGGCGAACUGGACGAGCUGGAACUUCUGGCUGCACAUAAUCCACAAAGGGAGCAGCACGCCUACUCCGCCUUUGGGCCGCUGGGAGGUGCCAUGGUGGUACUCGUCAUGGUGAUAGGCUUCGCCAUCUACUGCUACAGGCACAAUCUGGAUGCCCAGACGCAGGAACAGUUCUACGUGGACUCGGUCCAGGAAGAGAAUUAUGGGCUUCCCCUGUCCAGGUUUAACUUUGACGAUUGCAAGGCGCAUGAUGAACCGCCUAUUGGUGGCGGUUAUGACCACGCAUCUGCACAACGGCAGCUGAUGCAUGCGGCGGAUAUUUCGCCCUACCACGUAUCCAGCGGCAGUAGCUACCGCAGGCCUCCCAACGGGGAGUCGGAUCAUGGCUACAGCACCAUGACGCCGCAUGAGGACAGCUCCGACCAGCAGUGCUUUACGCUGGCGGAGCCUUUGCUGCUGCACGACAAGCGGCACAGCAAAUCGGAUACCAUGUCCAUAUCCACCUCCAUAUCGAGUCCAACGAAUCGCCAGCAAUCCUCCACCCAGCCCAACACGCAUCCGUACUUGAGCAAUCAGCCGACCUCAAAGACGGAACGCUACAAGCAGGUGCAGGCCACGCCCUCGCCUUGUCGCGGGCCGCCAGCAGGAGUGGGUGGUGUCUACGGGCAGACCACGCUGCCCCUCGAGGGGGAUGAGUCCCGACCACACUACAUUUUGGCUCCAGUGACUGUGCACCGGCAUAUGGAGACUGCCGAAUCGUAGUCCACCUAGCGUUGUUAAGUUUUAGAGCGUAAGAUAUCCGCUUGUUUGCCAAUUUAGUGAUGUAAGUUUCCAAACGGGUAGUUCAACUGCCGCCGGUCCAGAAUAAUGGGAAUGCAUUCCAGACUUCCUAACAGCUCUCUUAGCUGUAGUGAGCUCGCGAUGGACUCCAGUUCUGGCCCAUCUGUAUCUAUUAUAUAUUAUACGAGUCUAACACCAACUAUUAAGUGAUGACAUUGUUUCUGCCAUUUUUGAUCGAUGUAUUGUAUUGUAUUUUACUGUAAUUUAUUGCAAAAAGUAUUACUAUAUUAUGUGCAGCAUAUACUUCCGAUAUUUUUAGCAUUUAUUUUAUAAGCACCAACAACAUAAAUGUACUUACUUGUCUGAUUGUAAGAUACCAUGUCGUAUACCGUUUUUUGUAAUAGAUCCUAAGUCCACAAAGUUACUAACUACCGAUUUUAGUACUACACACCUAUAAUAGCAAUGUACGUUUCAAAUAAAAUGUUUA